AUGAUGACGAGGUCUCUAGAGCCGGCAGCCGAGCAGAAGGCCUCGUCGUCCUUCGGCAACCUGCUCUCCAUCUUCCUCCGGGUCAGCUCGUCCGAGCCCAAGCCGCCGAGGCGGAGCUUCGACGCCGAGGGCGUUGUCGGGCUCGGCAUCGUCGCGGCCAUGAGCCGCGCGUGCCUCACCGCCCAGCCGAUAGCGAUCGGCGCUGCCGCACGCCGCCGCGCGCGCGAGGAGGACGAACUCUCCGAGAGCUACACGUGCGUCAUCACGCACGUGGCCGCCGGCGCCGGCGAGGGCGGCAGCAUGCGCAAGCGCGUCUACUUCGGGUUCGGCGACGGCGGGGACAGCUGGUUCGUGGAGGCCGCUGAGGAGGCGCCGGCGAGGGCGGACGACUUCUUGAGCCGCUGCUGCCUCUGCAACAAGAGGCUUGAUGGGCUCGACAUCUACAUGUAUAGGGGGGAGAAAGCCUUCUGCAGCUCCGAGUGCCGAUGCCACCAGAUGCUCAUGGACGACCACGCAGAAAAAUGUGGAUCAGAAGCCCUCAGAGCCAGCAGCUACUCGGCCUCCCCGUGCUCCGCGCCGAUGUCCUUCUCCCCCAGCGUCGCCGCGGCCUAG